AUGUCUGAUAACCCCGAAAACAAAACACCCCAGGUCACCUCAUCUCGUGUCGAAUUCAACAAGCGCAGCUGUUCGCGUUGCAACACAAAAAAGUGCGAUGUGAUAGAACAUAUCCCUGCGGUGCAUGCGCCACCAAUUAGCGAGUUACUUGCACGCUUAAAGGAUCUCGAGGAAGAGGUCUCACAGCUUCGCUCAACGCACCGGUCACCUUGCGGCUCAGAUGUCAAUCCUACAUCAGACUUGGAUGGCCCUUCGAACCUAGCAAAGAAGACGGAGCUACUGGUUCUAAAAGAGGGCAAGAGUCGGUACGUUAGUGAUGAAGUUUCUGUGACUCUUGGAGAAAAGAUAUCUGAACUUCGUGACAUUAUCGAGAGUGACUCAAAUGAGGAAGAUUGCUCACCCAAUGCGAACUCGAGUUCCACCGUUCUACCCCAGGGCGGGCUUUUCGGAGGUGAUAAAUCCUACUACGGCUGGUCUUUUGAAUCUUUCCGCUGUCAUUAUUCCCAAGCGGCGAGAAUCAAGGCAUUAUGGAAAUUAUAUCAAGAGAAUGUGGCACCGUUGAUCACCAUCGUUCACCAAGAUACCAUAUCUCAGAUUGUCCAAUACGCCAGUGCGGGCGUCGAUAUGACUCACCCAGACGAGGUAUUGCUGUUUUGCGUUUACUAUGCUGCUGUGGCCAGCAUGAGAGCUCAUCUUUGUCAUUCCAUACUCGAUGUCGACCACGAUACAGCCAUCCAGGACUGCAAAAGAGCAGUGAGCCAGGGACUUCGUCACGCCAACUUCAUAAAGUGCCAGAAUAUAUCCGUUUUUCAAGGUGCUGUUCUGUUCUUGCUUUGUUAUCGAGUGGGCGGUGACAUUCGUCUUGUAUGGGCCGAGUCAGCGGUUGUUAUACGUGUUGCGCAGGCGCAAGGGAUUCACCGCGAUGGACAGAACUUUGCAUUGCCGCCCUUCGAAACCGCGAUUCGUCGUCGGUUAUGGUGGCAUAUCUGCCUAUUGGAUAUGUUAUCUUCCCGAGAUCAAGAUGUCGAUACUCAGAUCAGACCUGGGAUGUUUGACACACAGUUUCCGACUAAUGUGGACGACGACCUUAUUUUGCACAUGCCAAAUCUGCCAAUGCCUAAGUCCGGCUUCACUGAUAACUCACUCUGCAUUAUGAACUCCCAGAUCAUGCCCAAUUUGUAUUGGCCAUGUCAUUCGAUGAAUCAAAAUCCCAAGGUGUCUUCACAUGCCCGAGAGUCCUUCGUCACAAAUCUGGGAAAGGACCUCCAUAGAGAAUAUCUGGAUCAUUUCAACCUUAAUAUUCCAAUCCAUUGGGCGUCGGCGACCAUAGUCCGACUCCAGCUCUCGAAAUAA